AUGGAUGUCAAAGAAUUCAUUGGAGGGACAGUCAGUAGCUUUUCAAGGAACAAUAAACUUCUCUUUAUAUCACUGAUCGUUAUGAAGGUUCAUAUAACACAAGGAGCUGAUUGUUUCACUGAUUCUAAAUGCUUGUCUGAUGCUCUGGAAUUGUAUGAACGAUUUGGUAGUAUUGUUUGCCAGAACACUACAUCAAGCGAAGAUCCCACGCAAUGGUUAUCAACCGUUUGUAUGAAAUUCUGUCAAAUAACUCUAAACAAGAUGCGUUGUGCUACAAGCGAUAGUAUCAUGAUUCAACUGAACGUUUCGGACGGAAUGCAUAUCAGUUUCCCUGUGCAUAAGUAUUCUACCAUAUGUCCGGGAUGCCAUAAUUUUUCACAAGUCAAUAUCACAUGCAAACUAAAUUUUGUAACGUGCGUAAAGAAUGAGACCAUAAAAUCGACGUCCUCUCAAGCAAUUGAAAUGACACAGACAGAUUGUAGUCAAAGUCAGAACACAGAUGGGAAAGGUACCAUAGAAGAAACUUCCUCUCGUCCAAACUCUGGUACUACAAGAACGUUGACGUCAGAAGCCACAUGUAUAAAUGAAGGCUAUUUAGUACUUACAGCACUGUUGGGUCUCGUAUUUGGAAUACUUGUUGUUCUGGGCCUCUCGUUGAUUAAAUCAAAGUUUGUAAAGAGCAGAUUGAGCGUCUUACAGGGGGAAAGUGUUCAAAAUAGCGCUUACAAUAUACCUCCGAGAGCAUCAGAUACAGAAAUUCCGGAAAGGCCUUUGACAAGUGAUGGCUACGCAAAAAUUGUUAAGAAGAAAAUUACUAAAACGAGAGAUGAUGGUAAUAUCUAUAAUCAUCUUCAUGAAACGAGGGUAAAUUCAGAUUUCAACGAUUCUCCGUAUGACCAUGCCCAAUGCCUUACAGAGAUCCAAUUAACACCAAUAAAAGCUAUAGAGGAAAAGUACACUCAUGUCCAGAAAUUGUGCUAAGAAUUUCAGAACCACAACACAAAAUGAACAAGCAUAUUCAAAGUGGUUAAAAUCGUCUGGAAAAAAAG